UUGUGGGCCUCUGAGACCCGAAAAUUGAGAGCUUCUCCCCUCCCCGGCUGCCGCACCGGCGGCUCGGUGGCCGUCACCAUGCCACAAAACGAAUAUACUGAGUUACACCUCAAGCGCUAUGGAUACCGUUUGGAUUGCCAUGAGAAAAAGAGAAAGAAGGAAGGCCGAGAGGCUCAUGAACGUUCAAAGAAGGCAAAAAAGAUGAUUGGUCUGAGAGCUAAGCUCCACCAUAAACAGCGCCAUGCUGAGAAAAUACAAAUGAAAAAGACUAUCAAGAUGCACGGAAAGAGAAACACCAAACAGAAGAACGAUGAAAAGACCCCACAAGGAGCAGUGCCUGCAUAUCUCCUGGACGGGGAGGGACAGUCCCGAGCUAAAGUACCUCCCAAUAAGAUUACACAAAAACGGAAAGAGAAAGCGGGAAAGUGGGAAGUCCCGCUGCCCAAAGUUCGUGCCCAGGGAGAAACAGAAGUAUUAAAAGUUAUCCGAACAGGAAAGAGGAAGAAGAAAGCCAGGAAGAGGAUGGUUACUAAAGCCUGCUUUGCUGGAGAUGGCUUUACUCGAAAACCACCUAAAUAUGAAAGAUUCAUUAGGCCAAUGGGUUUAGGUUUCAAGAAGGCCCACGUAACACGCCCUGAACUGAAAGCUACGUUUUGGCCGCCAGUACUUGGUGGCAAGAAGAAGCCCUCAUCCCGACUAUAUACAAGCUUGGGUGCUACCACCAAAGGUGCCGUCACUGACGUGAACGUGCGCGAGUUGGGCCUUGUGACACAAGGAGGCAAGGUCACUUGGGGAAAAUAUGCCCAGGUUACCAACAGCCCUGAAAAUGACGGAUGCAGAAAUGCGGUCUUACCGGUUUGA